AUGACGACUGUUUCUCAUCCUGAACGAACAUCACGCGGGUGCUGCUAUCACCUGAAGACAUCCCGGACAAUUGUGGUAGGCGUGGUUUGCAUUGCUAUGUUUACAGACAGCCUUCUCCUGACACUCGUGGAUCCAAUACUGCCGAAGAUGUUACUGAGGAUCGAGGAGGGAAAGUUAGAGAUGCAUUCUGUAGGUCUGUUUCUGGGAAACAAGACAAUGUACUCUUCAUCGCACAACAACACAGCUGAUUAUCUCAACCAAGGCGGCAAAUUCGGGUUCCUCGUGGCAGCAAAGGGUGCGGCGCAGUUUAUCUGCAAUCCGUUUGUUGGUCAUGUGACAUCCAGAUUUGGAUACAGAAGUCCGAUGAUGUUCGGUAGCGUUCUACUAGCGGGGUCGACCCUAGCCUUUGGUUACAGCGUGAGCUAUUGGAUGCUCAUGAUAUGCAGACUGGUGCAAGGACUGGCUUCUUCUCUGACAGCUGUAACGUCUUUGGGUUUGUUGGCGGACACUUUCCGAGACGACAUCGAGCGUGGUAAAGUAGUGGGGUAUGCAUUUGGUGGACUCUCUAUGGGCAUAAUAGCGGGUCCGAUAUAUGGAAGUCUCUUGUAUGACUUCGUCUCGCCGGAGUUCCCAUUUCAGCUAUUGUCCGGCAUCAUGGGCUUGUCUGUAGGUUUCCGUGUCCCAUUUCAGAAAGACAGACCUGGAGCAAUUUUCAAGUUGAUUGCAGAUCCCUAUAUCUUAAUUAUUGCUGCUAAUAUCUUCCUCCUGAACUUGGACACGUCGAUAGUCCUGGCAUUUUUGCCCCUUGAGCUCAUGCGACUGGCUGAUCCCCCAACAUGGCAGUUAGGUAUAGUGGUGCUCCCAACAUCCGUUGGAUAUCUCCUAGCAGGAGUUAUUUGUCCCCGAAUGGUCAAAGUUAUACCCAGAUGGACCCAGGGUUUAGCGGGCAUGUUUAUUAGCGCCGGUACGCUAAUGGCGCUCGCAUACUCUUUUACCUUUGUGCACAUGGUGAUAGUUACGUCAUUUCUGGGAUUGGCCAUAGGGAUGAUCAGUACCUCCAUGCAACCUAUUUUUGCUUACAUCGUAGACAUCCGUCACAGUGAUCGGUAUGGAAACGUCUACGCUAUCUCAGACAUGGCUGUCUGCCUUUCAAUGUUUCUGGGCCCAUUAGUAGGAGGCCCCGUGCUUUAUGGCUUUGGGAUUCAAGUAUUACUCUUUGGGGCAGCCAUUUUGGACUUACUGUGUGCUCCUCUCUGUGUACUUCUCAAGAGUCCAACUCCAAGAAUUAAGGCAAGAAUCUAG